AUGAAUUCAUUGUACAGACCCCAACACAUUUCUAAAUGUAAUCUACUCGCCAAGCGAUUCAUCGGGCUGUCGCAAUGCAGGAGCGCCUCGUUUAAAGUGCAAGACGAUAAGGAUUUCUUCGAAAAAGUGGAAAAGAGCAAGGAGCCCAUCCUGGUCGAUUUCUUCGCUACAUGGUGUGGACCCUGCAAGAUUUUAGAGCCGAGAUUACAGAACGUUAUAGCCCAGAGGAAAGGCGAAAUAACACUGGCUAAAGUUGAUAUAGACGAUUUGGGAGAGCUGGCCGCUAAAUACGAAGUUAGUUCGAUUCCUGCUUUGUAUGUUUUCCAAAAUGGUGAAGUCAAAGAACGCUUGAUCGGGCUGCAAGAUGAAGACAAGCUGAACUCCUGGAUCGAUAAUAACUUUAACAAAAAAUAG